AUGCGGGAUGAACACAACCAGCGCGGAGGUCAUGGACCGACACCGAGACUCAGCUACGGCUACAGCUACAGCUACAGCUUCAGCUCCAGCACCAGGUGCCCUCAGGGGCUCAAGCGCACAGCAGACGACUCGUUCGAUGAUGAUCACCGUUUUGCGAAGCGCUUCAAUCUACUCAAUCUAGGUAUGGCCCCUCUCUUUCUACUGCCCACUCCUCCUACUGCCCACCCCUCCUACUGCCCACCCCUCCUACUGCCCACUCCAUCCACCGACGCUGACUUCUCUACAGCCAACAACCAUGACAAGCUCUACAUUCCCGUCUCGGCUAGACCGCAGCUCCACACNCCCCUGACUCGCCCUCCUCCUACCGAAGAGCACAUGCAGCUAGACGACACAAAGGACCGCGUCUACAUCCACAACCUCGACGACGAGCUAGCCGACAUUGAGUCCGACGAAGAGAAACUCAUCUUCCUCCCAGACAUUGAAAAGAAGCUCAACGCCAUACCCAGACACAUCCUGCUCGGAGACAAGAAAGAUUCGCAUCAAGAGCUCGUUCUCUACAACCUACCGCCGUCCUUGUCCGUGCCCAUCGAGCAAGACAAUGUGCGAAAGGCCAUACUCGAGGCUCGUGAACGCGCAAAGGAAAGGGCAGCAAACAUGCCUUCGUUAUCCUCCAGUCCUGCAGAUGGCACGCCGCCAGAAGAGCAGAUAGAGACUGCUCAUGGCUAUGACUCUCCGGACUACGGCUUGGAUGAAGACACAAACGACAUGGAGGAGGAAGACGACGCCAUGGAUCUAUCAUGA